AUGGCUCAACCUCAGCAGCCACCUCCUGGAAACAUGACGGGCGGCGGCCCUCCUCCAUCGGGUCGACCACCAGGCAACUUCAUCGUCUUCGGUCCCCGAGCCAACUGUACCCUGGACCUGUGCCCCGUCGAGAUGAGCGUCUACGGCUACCGACCCUCGCUGGCUGCCAACGGCGCCUUCAUCGGCCUCUUCAUCCUCGCCGCCAUCAUUCACGCCUACCUCGGCAUCAGAUGGCGCUCCUGGUGGUUCAUGGGCUGCAUGGUGACCGGCUGCUUUGUCAUCAUGCUGGGAUAUAUUGGCCGCAUCAUGCUCUACUACAACCCUUGGAGCUUUGCGGGCUUCAUGAUGCAAAUCAUUCUUGUCGGAUCCGGCCCCGUGUUCUUCUGUGGUGCCAUCUAUGUCACAUUAUCAAAAACUGUCACAUUCCUCUCCCCGGCCUACUCUCGCAUCCCCCCACGCCUUUACAUCUGGAUCUUCAUCCCCUGCGACGCCAUCGCCCUGAUUCUGCAGGCCGUGGGUGGCGCCCUGUCUACCAACAGCAGCGGCGCGUCUCAGGUCGGCGUUGACAUGGGCAUCGCGGGCCUCGCCUUCCAGGUCGCCACCAUGACCGUCUUCUCAACCGCCAUGGUCGACUACAUGAUCCGGUACCUGCGGUCGCCCACGGCUCGCGCCGAUGGCAGCAUCGUCCUCGGCGUCCGACUCAGACUCUUCUUCCUCGGCCUCGCCUCGGCCACCGUCCUCAUCCUGGGGAGGAGUGCGUACCGUGUGGAGGAGCUCAGCAAGGGUUACUCGGGCCCUAGCAUCCGGAACGAGACGCUCUUCAUCUGGCUCGAGGGAGUGGUAAUUGUUGUCGCCACAUAUCUUCUUUGCAUAGGUCACCCGGGCAUCGUCUUUAGCAAGUGCAGGCAAGGCCGUCCGGAAUCCACCGAUAAGAUUGCCAUGUCGAAUGUCAGGCUAUCAUCGCAGUCUCCGGAGAAUCGAGUGUAA